CUGUGUCUGUGCUGCAUGAAGCAAAAGGACCAGUUUGACAACUUAGAAAAACACACGCAGUGGGGUAUUGAUGUGCUGGAAAAGUUCAUCAAGUUUGUGAAAGAAAGAACAGAGAUUGAACUCAGCUAUGCAAAGCAGCUUAGGAAUCUUUCGAAGAAAUAUCAACCCAAAAAGAACUCCAAAGAGGAGGAGGAAUACAGGUACACAUCAGCUAGAGCCUUCCUAGCCACUUUAAAUGAAAUGAAUGACUAUGCUGGACAGCAUGAGGUCAUCUCAGAGAACAUGACCUCUCUUAUCACUGGAGAGCUAACGCGCUAUGUGCAGGAGCUGAAGCAAGAGAGGAAAUCGCACUUCCACGAUGGCAGAAAGGCACAACAGCAUAUUGAAACUUGCUGGAAACAACUUGAAGCAAGUAAAAGGCGGUUUGAGCGUGAUUGCAAAGAAGCUGAUCGAGCGCAGCAGUAUUUUGAGAAAAUGGAUGCUGACAUCAAUGUUACAAAAGCAGAUGUUGAAAAGGCAAGACAGCAGGCCCAGCUGCGACAUCAAAUGGCAGAAGACAGCAAAGCAGAGUAUUCUUCCACUCUACAGAAGUUCAACAGUGAGCAGCAUGACCAUUACUACACACACAUACCACACAUCUUCCAGAAAAUACAAGAGAUGGAGGAAAGAAGAAUUGUGAGGAUAGGUGAAUCCAUGAAAACUUUCGCAGAGGUCGACCGCCAAGUGAUCCCUAUCAUUGGGAAAUGUCUGGAUGAAAUAACAAAGGCUGCAGAAUCAAUUGAUCACAAGAAUGAUUCCCAGCUGGUAAUAGAAGCCUUUAAAUCAGGGUUUGAGCCCCCAGGAGACGUUGACUUUGAGGAUUUCACGCAGCCGAUGAAGCGGACUGUCUCGGAAUCCAGCCUUUCCAACUCCAGAGCGGAUGGGAAGUCUGAGCCGAAGUUUGGUGGCAAAUCCAAGGGCAAGUUAUGGCCAUUCAUCAAGAAAAAUAAGUCUCCCAAGCAGCAAAAGGAACCCCUCUCCCAUCGCUUCAACGAGUUCAUGACCUCCAAACCCAAAAUCCACUGCUUCAGGAGCCUAAAGCGUGGGCUUUCUCUCAAGCUGGGAGCAGGGCCGGAAGACUUCAGCAAUCUCCCACCUGAGCAAAGAAGAAAGAAGCUUCAGCAAAAAGUUGAUGAGCUAAACAGAGACAUUCAGAAGGAGAUGGAUCAAAGAGACGCCUUAACGAAAAUGAAAGAUGUGUAUAUCAAGAACCCACAGAUGGGAGAUGCAGCGAGUGUGGACCACAGGCUGGCAGAGCUUGGACAGAACAUCGAGAAGUUACGCUUGGAAGUUCAGAAGUUUGAGGGCUGGCUGGCAGAGGUGGAGGGCAGGCUGUCCAUGCGCAGUGAGGCCCGGCGCCAGAGCGGACUCUAUGAAGCCCAGAACCCCUCAGCAGUGAACAGCUGUGCACAGGACCGGGAGAGCCCAGAUGGCAGUUACACAGAAGAGCAAAGUCAGGAGACUGAGAUGAAAGUACCUGCAACGGAUUUUGACGAUGAAUUUGACGAUGAAGAACCACUACCCACCAUAGGAACAUGUAAAGCGCUCUAUACAUUUGAAGGUCAGAAUGAAGGAACAAUUUCUGUAGCAGAAGGAGAAAUGCUGUACGUAAUAGAAGAAGACAAAGGUGAUGGAUGGACACGAAUCCGAAGGAACGAAGAUGAGGAGGGCUAUGUCCCUACGUCAUAUGUUGAAGUCUAUUUGGACAAAAAUGCCAAAGGUGCUAUGACUUAUAUUUAAUACUAUUAUUAUUACUACUUUAUUUGCUUUCACAGAGAUACCCAGCCCUGAAAUUGCUCUGUGUUGCAGAUAGAGCCUUUUAAAAGUCUGUACAAUGCCACAAAGUGCAUUAUUUUGUACAUGGACUAAUAUGGCUUGCUGUACUGCAAAAUGUGCUUUUCAUUGCUCAGAAAGGGUUGUGUGGUAGGCUGUCAAUAGAGGGAACUGCAGCCUCUACUUGACAGUGCUUGGUCAAUUGCCACUGCCAUUGCACGGUCAACUUAGUGCAGGAAACAAAGCCAUUUGGGAUAACACGGGCUCUCCUCAGAUACCCAGGUGGCAUCUCAGACACAUUACACAUUCACAAGUCAGCUGUUUGCCCCAAAAGGAUUCAGUGGAGUGUUAUAUAGGAAGUAUUUUGACUGCUGUUUUGUGUCACAGUGUGGUAGCUUUUCAGAGCGCAGUGUUCUCUGUGGACCUUUUGGAUUAAACCUGGUCAUCAUUUAGUUUGUGUUUGGAAGGAGAAGCAGAGAUUUUGCCAGAACCUGCCUACACAGCACUCUGGUCCUUGAUAAAUAAGGAAAACAUGAAGAAAGGUCCUCUAAGCUUUCCUACCUUGAUACAUUUCAGAAGAUGCAUUUGCUGUUUCAGAUAAGCAUAACUUAAUCUUUUGCUCACACAAGAUCAGUGGAGACAUUCAAUGCUUUGGCUCCUCAGUCUUCUGUUUCUUUAUUGCCAUUAACUCCUCACAGAUAGGUGUAUUGUGUAAGCAAGCAGUGCUACAGGGGAAUCCUGGCUGGAUUAUAUCCUACGAAUCUAUAGCUGGUAAUGUAAUACACCAAGAAAUCAAAGAUUUCAGUCCUGCUUCAAAUCAGGAUGUGUUUGAAGUUCACUGUUAAAUAAUCUGCAGCUUUUUUAAGUCACUUAAUCCUUCAGAUAAUUGUUGUUUUUCCUGGACCUUGGAGCUCUUGGUGUGAAAGAAGCUGCCUCAUCCAAUUCAAAAGAAAACUGAACCAUUCCCAUUGGGAUUUACAGACAGUAGGAACUGAGGAGUAGGACUGUCUAUGUAAACAAACACUAUAGUUUGAUCAGUUCACUGUCUUGGGCUCAGUAUUAAGCAGUGCAGUGCCUUAUCUGCUGCAGAUGAAAGUCUGGGCUCUUGCUUUAUUUUGCCAUAAUACAGUAGGUUUGUAUUUGUUUUGGCAAAUACAGGGUCAGUUGAGAUGCAGAAGAGUGCAAACAGCUCAGCCCCUCUGUUGGUUUUAUUAACCUUUGAAAGAGGAACGCAGAUCAUACACAUAUUUGAGCAAGGCAGAAAGUGCAGAAUGGGGGAUCCCAUCCCUUAUUCUGGUAUUCUCUCCUGUGGAGAUUGGCUGCUUUGUGUGUGGCAAUACUUGAAAUCAGCAUCCUUAUUAUGCUGCUGGGAAUGCUGUUUUCGACAGCACUAUCACGUUGUUGUUGUUCAGCAGUGCAGGCUGCGUGAAACAGCCAAGCUAGCGCGGCAUCUGAAUCUGUUUCACAUGAGGAGCAUGGCUCUCCUGCCCCGCGAUGCGCAGCGUGGUUCCCCUCAGUGGAGCCCAUCAGCAAGUCACCCGUUUAUGAGCAGAGCAGCAGGUUGGGUGGGAAGCGAAGCAAAGCGUCUCUCUCUUUGAUUUACCCUUCUGGAGAGGCCGCUGCAGGAGUGGUUCUGGCAACAGCAGCCAGCAGUUUGUGUCAGUGCAUUAAUGGUAUGAUGUAAGUUACAGGGUGGUGCUGAAUGAUGGUAGAACUGCAGUGUGUGCUGGGAGCGAAGGGUGGUUCAGUUGCAGCCACUUCAGGACCAAACCCAAACCUAUCUGUGAAUAUCUAACGUAAAGGAACUAUGUUAUUUACCUUUGCAGAAAGGGUCCCAAUAGCAGGAUAAAGAUUUGGGGGAAGUGCUGCUGUGUUGAAAAGACA